GCGGAAAUAGCGUGGGAUUUACGACAAGCACAACCCAGCGGUACGGGUGAGUUGUACCCGACUGUUUUGUAACUCCUAGCUAGUUGGAGAGUGUGCAGGUUGGCAGACACUGACGUUGUGGUGCAGGUUUCCGAGUUGCACACACUGGCUGCACAGGCCGGGCCCAGUGCUGCAGGUUGUCCGGUAGGGUGCCUGUCGAGCUACACGCAUGCUGUUGAUGUCAGGAGCAGAGGAGGGGAACGUGAGGAAUGGCUAAAAACUGACGGCGAUCUUAUGCAAGGAAACAAAUCAGGAUAAAAAUGCGUGUGGCGUUGUUUUGGAUAUGUUUGUGGUGUUUCCUUCGUCUUGGUGCCACCGGUCAAGGACAGUCGGCGGCCGUUUGUUCAACCUCAUGCAGCUGCGAUGAAGAUGGGGGUGCGUACUGCUCCGGGAGAGGACUGACCACCGUCCCAACCGGGCUCAGUGCUUUCACCUACUGCCUUGACUUGAGCAUGAACAACAUCACCAAGCUUCCAGCCUAUGUAUUCAAGAACUUCCCCUACCUGGAAGAACUACGACUUGCGGGGAAUGACCUGUCUUUCAUCCACCCUGAUGCACUGUCUGGACUGCAUCAGCUCAAAGUUCUGAUGCUCCAGAAUAAUCAGCUGAAGACUGUGCCCAGUGCAGCCCUGAAGAACCUUCAUUCUCUUCAGUCUCUUCGCCUGGAUGCGAACCAUAUAGCCACAGUUCCAGAUGACAGUUUUGAAGGCCUUCAGCAGCUGCGCCACCUCUGGUUGGAUGAUAACAACCUGACGGAGGUCCCCAUAGGUUCUCUGAGACACCAGGCGAACCUCCAGGCUCUGACUUUGGCUCUCAAUCGCAUCUCAUACAUACCAGACAACGCCUUUGCAAACCUCACCAGUCUAGUUGUGCUGCAUCUUCAUAACAACAGAAUUAAAGAGAUAGGGGACAACUGUUUUGCUGGACUCUUGAACCUGGAGACCCUAGAUCUUAACUUCAACAGCCUGAUGGUUUUUCCCAAAGCAAUAGAGGCCCUGCCCAAACUGAAGGAACUUGGGUUUCACAGCAAUGAUAUUGCUUCCAUACCUGAAGGGGCCUUCCAUAACAACCCUCUGCUGCAAACCAUGCAUCUCUAUGACAACCCUUUGUCCUUUGUGGGUGCUUCAGCUUUCCAGAAUCUGUCUGACCUGCACUCCCUGAUGCUGCGAGGGGCCAGUAUGAUGCAGGACUUCCCCAUCCUUACGUGGACUAAUAACCUUGAGACUCUGACCUUGUCAGGAACCAAGAUAUUGUCCAUCCCCACUGAUGUGUGUGAAGAUCUCAAGAUGCUUCGGACGCUAGACCUGUCGUACAAUGAGAUCAAGGGGCUGCCAUCCCUACAGGGCUGCGUCCGACUGCAGGAGAUAAGCUUUCAGCACAACCAUAUUCAACAAAUUGAAAGGGACACUUUCCAAGGUCUCUCUGCUCUCCGUUUACUAGACCUGAGUAGGAAUGAAAUCAGAGUUAUUCACAGAGAUGCUUUCCUUACCCUCACUGCACUCACCAACCUAGAUCUGAGUAUGAACUCUCUGACUGUAGUUCCAACAACUGGACUAAGCGUCCUCAGUCAACUAAAACUUUCAGGGAACCCGCAGAUGAAAAACAUACUGACUGCAAAGAAUCUUCCCAAACUCAGGUCCAUCUCGGUCCCGUAUGCCUACCAGUGCUGUGCGUUUGUUGGGUGUGUCUCAGUGACAGGUUCCUCUGAGGAAAACCAUAUAAAGAAACCUACAGGCGGGGAGGAUGUGGAAAGAAUAUCAAUGAUUAUGCAUUGCUCUCCUUCACCAGGAGCCUUCAAGCCUUGUGAGCACCUCCUGGGUAACUGGAUGAUUCGGCUGACCGUCUGGUUCAUCUGCCUAGUGUCACUGGUCUUUAACAGCCUGGUGCUGGUGGCUACCUUCUCACCCACACACCGAGUCCUGACUUCAUCCCUCUCUCCAGCCAGGCUGCUGAUGGGGCUACUAGCCUUGGCCAAUCUGCUCACUGGUCUGUAUGUAGGUGUGCUGACCGUGCUCGAUUUUGCUACCUGGGGUUCAUUCGCUGAGUUUGGUGUGUGGUGGGAAAUGGGGCCUGGCUGUCAUAUCACAGGAUCUCUGGCUGUCUUCUCAUCAGAGUGGGCAGUCCUGUUAGUGUCACUCGCAGCUGUGGAGCGCAGCGUGGCUGUGCGGACAAUUCUUGGGAAGGUGAUGAUGUCACCCAGGAGGAACGGUGACAGCCAUCGUGGGUGCUGGAGAGGAGAUCGACGCUUCAGCCUCGCCGCAGGACUGCUGGGUCUGCUGGCUGCUGCUGCAGCAUGUCUGCCUCUCCUGACCUCCAGUGACCAGUCCACCUCUCCUCUCUGUCUGCCAUUUGCCGGUGGUGAGAGUCCAGCUCUGAGUGUUACAGUGGUUCUAGUGCUUCUCAAUGCGCUGGCUUACCUGUUCACUGCAGCCGUGUACACCAAGCUGUACUGCUACCUUGGCAGGGUGGAGCUAGCAGAUCCAGAGCAAACAGGUGCCCUGCGACACGUGGCCUGGCUCAUCUUCACCAACUGUAUCUUCUUUUGCCCUGUGGCAGCUUUCUCCUUUGCCCCUCUCUUGACUGGCUCCACAGCUGGCAGUCCAGAGAUUGCCAAGUCAGUCAUCCUCAUUUUCUUCCCACUGCCUGCGUGCUUGAACCCAGUGCUCUAUGUGUUCUUCAGCCCGGCCUUCAGGGAGGACUGGCAGAGAACACGUGGUUGCGGAGGUUUGACCAGGGAGGUGAAGGCUGGUGCUGAAAGUCACAGAGAUGAUGGUGUUGGAGGGUCGGAGCUCUCAGAUGGAGGCUCCUCCACUCACAUGGGCUUUGACUGUGGGGUGUACUCACAGCUUUGCGGAGAGACAGUUUUAUGCGAUCAGUGUGAGGCAGUGCUGCAUGCCAGGACCUGUUCUUCCCCCUCGUCCUCCACAGUCUGUAGACACUUGGUGAAGUCUCACAGCUGUCCUACCCUCUUGGCAGGAGCUGCAGUGUGCCACCGUGCUGAGGGGUUUUGGGCAGACAGUGGCACACCUUCUGCUCAGUCUGAAUAUGCAGACGAGGGGGACUCAUUUGUGUCAGACAGUUCGGACCAAGUUCAGGCUUGUGGCAGAGCCUGCUUCUGUCAGAGCAGAGGCCUUCCUCUUGUACACUACUCCUACAUCUUACCUCGAGUCAAGGACUAAGGGCACUUCAAAGCUCCAGUAUGUCUGUGUGCACAGAUCUCUUGGUCAUGUGAAUUUAGAAUAGUAAAUAUUUUUAUGUCAAACAACAUGUGCCAACUACCAAACUGCUAAAGGACUAUUCAGCAAGCACUUAUAUUUGUCAUUACUGUGUAAACAGAGAUGCAGCCAGUCAUUUAAAGGGAGCUCGGUAUGCUUUUUGAAUUUAGAGACAAUUUCUAAAUUGAACUGAGCACAUCAUGUAACAACCUAGUCGACAAAGGAUCUUGCAAAGGAAAACCUUGCCACCAGUGCCUGCCACUUUUGUAGUGAACUUCAUGAUGUUGCAAACCUCACUGUGUGUGUCAAAGAUUGUCUGUUUUACUUGUACUUAUAAGCUUUUUAAAUUUUAAUAGUUGUAUGUACGUCUUGUCGAUUUUUAAAGCUUCUCCACAGCAACUGUUGAGUUUAUACUUGGAUUUUUUUAUUUUUUACAUAAAUGUAGCAAAUAUAAUAAUCAUUCUAGACUUUUAUGUGUGAAUGUAACUUUCAAGUGGUCUUCACUCACCAGAGGGGAAUAAUGUAACAUCAGCAAAAAAGGCGUGCCCUAAUUGCUUGCAAUCGUAAUCUGUCGGUGUGAGAAAUGAUAAAUGCCAGGCUGUAAGAAACACUUUACUAGGAAGUGUUUUGCUUCUUUAGAACUUUACUAAGUUCCUAAGACUAAGAAUGUGAUAGAAGUAGCAGAUAUCACUGUUUUAGCAACAGUUAUGCAUGGUGGGUUUGAAAGAUGUUUGAGCAGCAGGAGUGUCUUGGUGGAGAUGAUUUGAGGUGUGUGAAUAGUGGUCCUGGAUAUAGAAUAGAACCCAAGUAUUCACCUGGACAACAGUACCUCUCUUUGCCUGACCUGCGUCUGUCAGAUGUUCAGAUUAUUUUUCACUGACAGAACAAUUGUUCACUCAUUGUUCUAUUUAAUACAGUGUUUAAUAAGUUCAGUAAGUGUAAAAAGUUUAAAAUUAAUAACUGCCCAUUGUUGCUCAUGUCAAUCAAAGGAAUAAUUCAACAUUUUGGGAAGUAUGCUUAUUCAUUGUCUUUAAGCUACAGGAAGCAGCUAGUUACCAUCAAAACGAAGCAAAACAGCUAGCCUGUUUAAUCAAUUCAAAAACUGAAGGCUUAAAUAAACAGGAUGGAACAUUAUUUUGUGAGCUUCGAAAACUCUGGUAGGUGCUUUAUGUUGCUCUCAAACAGAGUAAGGCUAUGCCAACCUAAGUGACUGCUAGCUUCUUCUCUACUUUUGGCUGUUCCCGUUAGAGGUCACCACAGCAAAUCCGAUUGAUUUGAUACGGCACGUUUUUAUGCCAGAUGCCCUUCUGGACACAACCCUCCAACCCACCUAAGCUGCAUGUAUUUAGACUAGGAAGAACCCGCAUAGGUAGAACAUGCAAACUCCACACAGAAAGGCUCGAACCUGCAACCUUCUUGUUGUGAGGCGACAGCGCUAACCACCGUGCUGCUAUGCCGCCCAAGUGACUGUUAGCUCCAUAUUUAACAUUCAGAUAUGUGAGUUGUAUGAUUUAAUGCUGAGCAUUAAAGAGAAUAUUUGCCAGGAUGUUAUAAAAGAAAAUGAUGAUGCUUUGGUUUAAUUUUGCUUUGCAAGUUGUAAAUGUUUUGUGACAAAUAGGCUACAAACAAGAAGUCUAAAAAAUUAGCUGUAUUCACCCUAGUUGGAUCCAUGAGUAGAGUGAUGUUUGACAUACAUUUGAUUGAUUUAAAAAUUAUUUGUCUUGGUGACAAAUUAAACAAAUGAAUACUGUCCAAGAUAAACACGCGAAUAUAAUCCUGCUCUUCCACUUCUUCCAACAUGAUGAUGUGAGCACAGCACCAGACUGGCAGCAAGCUGAGUCAACAAGAACGUGUUUAAGCAGUGCCAAAAAUAUGAAAUGAACCAUUAAAAUUGAAAUGUGGGUGAUCAUCAUUCAACCAGAGAUAUUUAAAGACAAGUGUCUACAAUGUGUUUUUGCAUUUAAAAGUUUUUUUUGCGUUGUUUGUGUGUAGUCCAUGUACCUGUUGUACUACUGUAUACAGUGAAGUAAUUGGCAACCAAAAUAAAUAGGCAUCAUGGCACAAAAGCAGGAAAAUAAGAGAUAUUGUGGAAUUACCAUAAAAUGAAUUCACUACCUUCAUUGUCUUUGCAAUCUAGCUGUAUGAUCAGCAAGUGACUCAGACUCUUUCUGUAUGUUGUCUUUCAGUUUUAUUGUUUAGGCCAUUAGAAGAGUGGUAGUAUAAUGUAAAGCAUAUAAAUGCACAGUAGAUCUGUCUUCAUGGAGAGCUGACCUGAGUGGUAGUGUGAGACUGAGUGAUGAGGGAUUGACUCAUGUUUGGUGUGCUGGAGCAUGACUCUACACAUUAAGGUGGAUACACCCUCUGAGCGUGUACCCACGAGUCCACGUCAUGUGAGCACUCAGGAAUCUAGGCAAUAUAGAGAAACAUUUUCUUCCACCAACAGUACAUUUGUCCGUACGAUGCACCAUUCAAUUUUAAUCUUUUGGAUUUAUUUUCUGUUUUCACAAAGUCUUGAAUUGGUGUGUAAAUUCUCACACCAACCAAAAUGGCCAUUGAUUGUUUGAGAUGUCCGAUGUGAAAAUGUACAAAUCCUUUAAUAGUUUGAUUAUUGGUUAUUAUAUGUGUUUGUAAAUUAUUUGGAAAGAAAACAAGUAAUCAAGAAUGGGAUGCUAACUAAGGAAGCUACCUCCUCAACCAGUGGCUACCAGCAAUGCUUCGUAAGAGAACAGUACGUUUUCAUUUGUUAUUGGCUAUGGUUAUUCUUGGCUUUAUAUUCACACGUGGUUGUACAUCAUCUAUUCAAUUGAGUGCAAAUUGGGGGAGGAAAUAUGUACUGUAUACUGUGAUUUUUUUUUUUU